UUUGAAUCACUGAAGCCGUGGAAGCGAAGGCAUGUCGACAUCGGCGGACGCAGCAGCAAGCUUACGCCGACAGAUUCCGAUCGUGUGCCCCGGCCACUCGCGCCCCUUGGCAGAAGUGCAGUACUGCCCCAGUCCUAGUGUCAACCCCAAUGCGUCUCCAUCGGAACCUGCCGACCACUAUCUGCUCAUUUCAGCAUGCCAUGACAAGUUGCCGAUGCUGCGAUGCGGACGAUCGGGAAACUGGAUAGGGACGUUUGAAGGUCACAAGGGGGCGACCUGGUCUGCGAAACUGAGUGCCGAUGGAUUGCUUGCUGCCACUGCGAGUGCUGACUUCAGCGUAAAAAUAUGGAACGCCGUGACAGGCGACGUCGUGCGGACUUUCGACCACAAGCACGUGGUGAAGAGCGUUGAAUUCCUUCGCAACGCCGCAUGGAUCGCUACAGGUGGCCAUGAGAAGCUCCUGCGUGUGUUCGACCUUGCCUCGGACGCGACAACUCCUCUAUUCCAAAUGCAAACCGACGACGUGAUCCGCAAGAUCGUGGAAGUUCCUUCGACGUGUUCCGUCACUGUAGUCACGGGCGACACAGCAGGAAAUGUGGUCGUGUGGGACGUCGAGUCCCAAACGCGCGUCGCGACGUUGCACGUGAGCAGUUCUGGCGUGAUGGACAUGGAAGCCUCUCGCGGCGGGUCCAUCCUCACGGUGGCGGCCGGGUCAAAGGUCCACUUCUUUGACACGGCAUCGUGGACCGAGAAAUCGCACGUGGACAUGCCCAUCACGUUCACCGAGGAAGGAGGAGCGUCACUGCACCCGACACUCGACCGUUUUAUCGCAGGUGGAUCCGACACGUGGGUCCGAGUGUUUGCAUUGGACGGAACGCUCUUAGAUUGCCACAAGGGCCAUCAUGGCCCUGUGCGAUGCUUGCGCUAUGCGCCCAACGGCGACAGCUUUGCGACCGGAUCGGAAGACGGCACGAUCCGCAUCUGGCAGACCGAAGCUGCGGGCGACGCGACGAUGAGUAAUCCCACAACGGAGUAAUAAACACCACUCCAAAACAAUCGACGUAAAAUGAGGUUGCAUUCACUGCAUGGCGACGAGUGUCGUCGCUCGUGAUUUCUUCCACAUGGAGGUGUCGUCGAUCGUGCCACGCGAUGGGCCGACGAGGGUGGAUCGUGCUAGAUCUGGCCGCCAUACCACUUCAU